UGUUAAAAAGGGUUUUAUUAUCAUGGCGAAAGUUGAAACUUUGGCUGCGAAAUUCGUUGUGGGCUUUGAAGGUGCUGUGCCUGGUGGUCUGGUUGUUCACCCAAGGGGUCAACACAUAAUUUACCCGAUAGGCGCCAAGCUUGUCAUUCAAAACUGGAGCUCUGGUGAGCAAACACUACUAGAAGGCCACACCAGCAGCAUUUCUGCCGUUGCCGUUUCUCCCAAUGGACAAUACCUAGCAUCAGGACAGAAGUUGUGCCCACCUCAAUUAAAAGCUACCGUGAUAUUGUGGAAUUUUGAGAGCAAAGCAUGCAUUAACAAAUACGAAGUGCACCGAACUACGGUCUGCGGCUUAGCAUUUUCGUGCGAUUCCAAGCACCUUUUUUCCAUCAGCGGCUUUGAAGACCACUGCCUAGCAGUUUGGGGCUUUGAACAAGAUUUGGUGGUUAGCUGCAAGCGACUGCCAAAAGCCCUCCAAAGCUCCGAAGGAAUGGCCAUUGCCGCCGCAAAAAUUUGUCCCAACUUUAUUGUCACAAGCUCGGAGGAAGGUUUGAAGGUCUGGGAAAUGGAUGCUAGAUUUCAACUCACCGUCACCGCUGUCAACUUGGGAAAAGUGAAGAGACUGAUCAACUGCAUCAUGGUGGACGAUGACGAUUCUGUCGCGUACUGCGGAUCAACAACAGGUGACGUGGUGAAAGUGCGACUAAAUCUAGUGCCUGCCCCUCCGCACCCAGUUCUUGAAACUUGCAUGUCGAAACCACCGCCGAAAACGAGGAGGGAUGGGAUCAUGCCCAGCCUGUUAAACGGCAACUAUGCUCAAGGCGUGAGAGCCAUAGUCCGCGUCGGGCCUAAGGAGCUCGUCAUCGCCGCGGGAGAUGGGACUGUCGAUCUAAUUGAGGAGUUGCACGCACUCAAGCCUAAAAAGCUCGAGGCUGGCAACAAAUGCCCGACGCUGCACUCGCUAAAGAAAGUCAAGUCUUGCAAAAUUAAGUCGCAAAUCACCUCCCUCACCAAGUUCAAAACCAAUUCACUGCUGCUGCUGGGUACCAAAGGUGGAGACAUGUACUCGCUGUCGGCCGUGAGUUUCAAAGACCCCACGCUCAAAUCCACAAGCCAUCCUGGCUCCAUUAACAGCGUAGUCGUUCCUCAGGUGACAAGCGAGGUGUUUGUCACGUGUGGAUAUGGUGACAUUCGGAUUUGGAAGAUCAAAAAAUCAGACAGCAAAAUUCAGGAGGCAAGUCGCAUCCUCCAACCUGGGCUGACAUGUUUGUGUGUCAUAGUGAAUCAGGACGGGUCAGCUAUAAUUUCUGCGUGGGAUGACGGCUGCAUUCGCUUUCAUGCGCCGCAAAGUGGCAAGUUAAUAGGAGAAAUAAAAGGUGCGCACCAAGCCAAAGUGACAGCAAUUGCGAUCACCAGCAACAGCCAACGAAUUGUCAGUGGAGGCCAAAGUGGGCAGGUCAGAGUGUGGGACAAGUACCAGUCGUGGAGCUUGAAGAAAGUGUUUGGAGAGCAGAGAGGCGUGAUUCACCAAGUGGCCAUGAAGGAUGAUGACCUUGAGGCUGCGUCAGUGUGCGAGGACGGCAGCUGCUACGUUUGGAAAAUUGAUCCAAACGACGAGCCAAGCUGCAAAAUCACGCUGCAGACGACCUCAAAGCUGAGCGGAGUGUCAUUCUUUCCAGGCAGUGGCACCUUGCUCAUGACGACAGGCAUGGACAGGAAAAUCACCUGCUGGGACACGGCUAACGGAACAGCGAUUCGAGGCUUGGACACGCACUGCUCCAUCACCAGUCUGUUUGUCCCUCGCAAGGGCGAAAUGUUCAUCACAGGCUUCGAGGAUGGGACCAUCAGGGUGUGGAGUCUGCUGAAAGGCGAGGACGCUUUCUGUGGCAUCGGCCACGGCGCUGGGGUGACCAGCAUUGCCAUGGGCAGCGACAACAGCUACAUCAUUUCGGUCAGUUCCGAUGGCUCAAUUUUCUACUGGCCCUGUCCUCAGCAAGUAGUCAGGGCCUACAAGGCAAAGCAAGAGGAAUCUUCACAGAAUAGCUCUUCAAGGCACCCUGCCACUGACCGCUAGUCACAUUAUUUGCUUCUUCUGAACUUUAUGGAGCAAG